CGGAGAAGCUCGAUGGACGAGCGAGGCGGGAAGAGGCUUGAUCGUGCUUCGGCGAAUCAUGCUGAAUUUGGACUCUGACUGUUGUGAAUCCUCGACGCGGGACGCCCCUGAUCACGACUUUAGUGGACGAAAACAUCAUUCGUGCAAUCUUCGUGUCCGGUUGGAGUCGUCUCGUGCACGUUGAACCUUCUCGGCCUAGCUUAGUUUAGCAUAGCUUAGCUUAGCUUAGCUUAGUUUAGCUUGCUAACAAAGAGACACGUUCGUGUCAACACUUCGCUAAGCAGAGAUCAAGCGUGAGGUAAAGUGUUCUUUUUCCGCCACCCACUAGUUAGCAGUGGGGACCACAAUAUCUAAUACUAACACUUAAAUAUAGUUUAAACACACACAAAAGACCAACAACGAGAUUCUAUCAGUUUUGUUUGUCUAAGAAAUAAAUAUCCGGGAACAAUUAUUUUCUGAAUCUUUAUUAUGAUUGUUAUUAUUAUCUUAAUCUGAAUUCUUUUGUAGAAUGUCUGUAAUGUUCACACAUUCUCAUUCCUCUUACAAUGCAUAAUUCCUGAAUAUGUUCUCUCGUUUCCUCUUGUUGACUUUGGUGAUUUGCCAUUUUAAAUAAUGCAUUGUUUCACCCGCAGUGUCCAAAUCUUUACCGUGUUGCAAUUAUUUCACGUCGGAUUUGCACUUGCUUUUCUCAUCCCUCCAACCUACAGCGGAAAGUUUUGUGAUAAGCACGUGAAAAUGUGUGCAAGAAGGAGAGCAGAGUACGAGGAGGAACUUUGGGGACCCAAAGAGGAAAAGGAGCCACAACGUCAAUUACUGGACAGUGUGUUCAAUCUGCAGCCUCGAAUGGUGCUCCGCACAGCAGACAUAAGUGAAGAUCUUCGUCCUGAGCUGCAGGCGCCAGAGCCCCCUCACAUUGAAGAGGAAGUGGAGGACGAAAAGGUCCACCACAUCAAAGAGGAUAAGGAGCCCAUUUUAAUUAAAAAAGAGGAAGAAGAAACGAGCCUCCACAUCAAACAGGAAGAGGAGGAGGAGAUCAAGUUUCCAUCAACUGGUGUCGCUUUGAAGAGUGAAGAUGAAGGUCAAAGUGAGGAGAGCAGAGGGUGGAAGCCUCCAAGCAGCAGCUCAAGUCAACACACGACAACAGAAGGAGAUCGAGACCACUGUGGUGGAUCACAAGCAGAUGACAUCUUAGUUCCAAUAUCAGAUAGUGAUGACACGACAUCACACUCCUCUGACUAUGAUGAUGAUGAUGAUGAUGAUAAACAGUCUGAAGGUGAUAUGACAUGUCAGACCGACGACAAAAAAUUUAAGUGUUCUCAGUGUGGGAAAACAUUUGCAUAUAAGUAUAUUUUGAAACAACACCUGAGAACCCACACUGGUGAAAAACCUUUUUCCUGCUCAUUUUGUGGUCAAAGAUACUCUCAUAAGAAAACCUUAACAAUACACACAAGAACUCACACUGGUGAGAAACCAUUUGUCUGCCCAGAGUGUGGUCAAAGAUUCUCCUCGAAGGGAAGCUUAAAAAUACAUGCAAGAACCCACACUGGAGAGAGAGCUUUUGCCUGUUCAGAUUGUGGUAAAACAUUCACUCGGAAGGGAAGUUUAAAAAUACACACAAGAACCCACACUGGUGAGAAGCCUUUUUCCUGCUCAGUUUGUGGUGCAAGAUUCAAUCAGAAGCAAUGUUUAAAACAACACACAACAACACACACUGGUGAGAAGCCUUUUUCCUGCUCAGUUUGUGGUAAAAGAUUCCCUCGGAAGCAAGAAUUAAAAAAACACACAAGAACACACACUGGUGAGAAACCCUUUUCCUGCUCAGUUUGUGGUCAGAGAUUCUCUCAGAAGGAAAAGUUAAAAAUACACACAAGAACCCACACUGGUGAGAAACCUUUUUCCUGCUCAGUUUGUGGUCAAAGAUUCUCUGCGAAGGCAGAGUUAAAAAUACACACAAGAACGCACACUGGUGAGAAACCUUUUUCCUGCUCAGUUUGUGGUCAGAGAUUCUCUGUGCAGGGACACUUAAAAAGACACACAAGAACCCACACUGGUGAGAAACCUUUUUCUUGUUCAGAUUGUGGUCAAAGAUUCAUUCAGAAGGGAGGCUUAAAAAUACACAUAAGAACCCACACUGGUGAAAAACCUUUUUCCUGCUCAGUUUGUGGUCAAAGAUACUCUCAUAAGAAAACCUUAACAAUACACACAAGAACCCACACUGGUGAGAAACCCUUUGUCUGCCCAGAGUGUGGUCAAAGAUUCUCCGCGAAGGGGAGCUUAAAAAUGCAUGCAAGAACCCACACUGGAGAGAGAGCUUUUGCCUGUUCAGAUUGUGGUAAAACAUUCACUCGGAAAGGAAGUUUAAAAAAACACACAAGAACCCACACUGGUGAGAAGCCUUUUUCCUGCUUAGUUUGUGGUCAAAGAUUCUCUGAGAAGGGAAGUUUAAAAAUACACACAAGAACGCACACUGGUGAGAAGCCUUUUUCCUGCUCAGUUUGUGGUAAAAGAUUCCCUCGGAAGCAAGAAUUAAAAAAACACACAAGAACACACACUGGUGAGAAACCCUUUUCCUGCUUACUUUGUGGUCAGAGAUUCUCUCAAAAGGGAAAGUUAAAAAUACACACAAGAACCCACACUGGUGAGAAACCUUUUUCCUGCUCAGUGUGUGGUCAAAGAUUCUCUGCGAAGGCAAAGUUAAAAAUACACAUAAGAACGCACACUGGUGAGAAACCUUUUUCCUGCUUAGUUUGUGGUCAGAAAUUCUCUCGUAAGGAUCGGGUUAAGACACACAAGUGUGCUGGUGAAAAUAGCAGUGAUCGAGAAGCUUUUAAUGAAAACGUGAAUAUUUAAUAUAAAAAGUAAUUCCUAUUUUACUGACUUAGAAAAAUCUACAUUCUUGUGUUCUGUGUACCAGCUCUUGUUGUCCACAUAUUUUGUAAAAGCCUCCCGUGGGCAAGUGUUGAGAAUUAGUACUGUUGCCAAAAUACUUGACAGGGACUAGUUCAUGGUGAGAACAUAGAGAACACACUUAUUCCACCGUUCUGGAUUCAUAAAUGUCUCCAGAAAAAAAGCCUUCCAAAAUAGACUCAUUUACUUCAGAAUUGUUUUCGAAUAAAAUAUUUUAUUUUCAGUCAGAUUUUGGUCCGCCCACAUUUUGGACAUGUCAACCCGUCUCUGACACGUAACGAGCUCGAGCCGAUUACAGUUCCUCAUUGAACUUCUAUGCGUUCCAUGGUGUAAUUUUGCCCAUAUUAGUCUGGGUGAAUUUUUUUUUUAGACAAUAAUGUGUGAAAUCUUAUAAGGGAGAGCCUGGACACCCUGCGGAGGAAACUCAUUUUGGCGACUUGUAUCCGGGAUCUUGUUCUUUUGGUCACGACCCACAGCUAGGUUAGUGUAGGAACGUAGAUCGACCGGUAAAUUGAGAGCUUCGCCUUUCGGCUGAGCUCCUUUCAGAAUCAGAAUCAUCUUUAUCUGCCAUGUUUGUCAAAAACCCACAAGGAAUUUUUGAGACAAAGACAUUGAAGAAGAAAUAAUACAGUAAUUGAGCAAUAAAAUAUUGCUAAUCUGGUAAUGCCGGUAUAAUUUUUUUUUAAUUUAAUUUUUUUUGACAAUUGUGCAAUACUGAUGCAGUCCUCCAGCAAUUAGAGCAGUUUGAAAUAACUAAGAGAACAAUAGUCCGGUGCAAUGACCAUUGUGCAAAGGGCGGCGAGACUUCAAGAAAUAUAUGCAGUUUAAAGUGACUAGUAGUGCGAAAAUCUGGGACAACAUCGAUUGUGCAAAUGUUGCAGAUGCUACUCAGGCCAGUAUUGGUCAACAACAACAGAUAUGCAAAUAGUGCAGCGUGGCGAGACUACUGCAGUGACUGCUCAAGUAAUGUAUAAUUGGCCCGACAGAAAUGUGACAAACUCAAGACAAAAAAUUGGAAGCAUGUUGCAAUGGAAUUGUAGGUUAGGUGUUUAAGAAGUUAAUGGCAAGUGGGAGGAAGCUGUUGGAAUGUCUGCUUGUUUUAGUUAGCAUUGUUCGGUAGCGCCUACCUGAGGGAAGGAGCUGGAAGAGGUGGUGCCCAGGAUGUGGAGGGUCCACGAAGAUUUUGCAUGCUCUUGUCUUAGUUCUGGCAGCGUGCAAGUCCUCAAGGGUGGGUAGGGGGGUACCGACAAUCUUUUCAACAGUUUUGUCUGUUGCAGUCGGAGUUUGUCCUUUUUUGUAGCAGCAUCAAUCCAGACUGUGAUAGAAGAACACAGGACUGAUUCAAUGACUGCUGUGUAGGAACUGCCUCAACAGCUCCUGUGGCAGGCCGUGCUUCCUCAGAAGCCGCAAAGAAGGUCUCGACAGUUGACACGGGGAAGUUGGACAGCGCGAGUGCCUUCUGUGGCUGGACUGUUGGACUGCAGGGGGUCCAGCAGGGGACCUGUGACGCUCUUGAGGUGGUCCAGCACGAGGUGUUCAAAGGACUUCAUGACCACAGAGUUCAAGGAGACAGGCGUGUAGUCAUUCAGACCUGAGAUUGCAGGUUUCUUGGGGACUGGGAUGAUGGUGGAGCGUUUGAAACAGGAUGGUACUUCGCACAGUUCCAGAGAUCUAUUGAAGAUCUGUGUGAAGACUUGAGUGAGCUGGUCCACGCAGACUUUGAGGCCGGAUGGGGACACAAGGUCUGGGCCUGCCGCUUUGUUAAUCUUUUGUUGUUCUCAGCUUGGGGGGGGGUUGGUCACUUACAAUUGGUUAGCGAUUGUAUUCGUGAGAGUCCUUAGCUGUAAACUGUUUUUCUAACUUUACUGCAUACUUUACUGCAUUUGCAAUGUUAAUUUUCUUUCGUCGCCAUUCCAUUCUUCCCUCACUCGUGAACAAGACCCCAAGACACUUGAACUCCGCAACCGGGGGCAGGAUUUCAUCCCCGACCCGGAGAGGGCACGCCACCCUUUUCCGACUGAGUGCCAUGUUCUCAGAUUUGGAGGUGCUGAUUCUCAUCCCAGCCGCUUCACACUCAACUGCGAUCUCCUCCAGUGAGAGUUGGAGAUCUCGACUUUAUGAAGCCAACAGAACCACAUAAUCUGCAAAAAUAAAAAAGGCACCAAACUGUAUCCCCUCCAUCCCUCGGCUGCUCCGAGAAAUUCUGUCCAUAAAAGUAAUGAACAGAAUCGGUGACAAAGGGCAGCCGUGGCGGAGUCUAACCCUCACCGGAAACGAGCCCAGCAAUGCGGACCAAACUCUGACACUGGUCGUACAGGGACCGAACAACCCGUAUCAGGCGGGGUUCAGUAUCCUGAAGGACUCCCCAAGGGACAGGGUCGAACGCCUUCUCCAAGUCCACAAAACACAUGUAGACUGUUUGAGUGAACUCCCAUGCACCCUUGAGGACCCUGCCAAGGGUGUAGAGCUGGUCCACUCUUCCACAGCCAGGACGAAAACCACACUGCUCCUCCUAAAUCUGAGAUUCGACUUCCCGACGGACCUUCCUCUCCAGCACCCCUGAAUAGACCUUACCAGGGAGGCUGAGAAGUGUGGUCCCCGUGUAGUUGGAACACACCUCCAGUCCCCGUUUUUAAAAAGGGGGACCACCACCCCAUUCUGCCAAUCCAGAGGCACUGUCCCUGAUGUCCAUGCAAUGUUGCAGAGUCGUGUCAACCAGGACAGCCCCACAGCAUCCAGAGCCUUUAGGAACCGAAUCACAUCCACCUCCGGGGCUUUGCCACUGAGGGUAUUUUUAACCACCUUGGUGACCUCAACCCCAGAGAUAGGAGAGCCCACUUCCUCUGAACUGCUGCUUGGUGCAUAGGCACAAACAACAGUCAGGACCCCCCCCCGAAGGCGGAGGGAGGCUACCCUCUCGUCCAUCGGGGUGAACCCCAACGUACAGGCGCCGAGCCGCCGGGCAAUAAGUAUACCUACACCUGCCCGGUGCCUCUCGACGUGGGCAACUCCAGAGUGGAAGAGAGCUCCAACCCCUCUCAAGAGGACUGGUACCAGAGCCAAGCAGUGUGUGGAUGCGAGCCCGACUAUAUCUAGUCUGAACUUCUCGACGUCACACACCAGCUCGGGCUCCUUCCGUGUCAGAAAGGUGAUGUUCCACAUCCCUAGAGCCCCCAGCUUCUGUAGCCGGGGAUCGGAUCGCCAAGGUCCUUGCCUUCGGCCACCACCCAGUUCACACUGCGUCUGACCCAUGGCCCCUCCAACAGGUUGUGAGCCCAUGGGAAGGGGGACCUACGUUACUCUUUCGGGCUGUGCACGACCGGGCCCCAUGGGUGCAGGCCCGCCCACUUGGGGCUCGCCUCUGAGCCCCACCUCCAGGCCUGUCUCCAGAGGGAGGCCCCGGUGACUCGCGUCCGGGCAAGGAAAACCUACAUCCAUUUAUAUUGUUCAUCAUAGGGGUCUUUUAGCCGUGCUUUGUCUGGUCCCUCACUCUGACCUGUUUGCUAUGGGUGACCCUACCAGGGGUGUGAAGCCCCAGAUAACUUAGUUCCUAGGAUCAUUGGGACACACAAACCCCUUCACCACAAUAAUAAUAAUCGUGUGACAGACAUGGACUUUGGCUGGCUGUCAUAACGUCGCCUGACCCGUGACGAGGGCCCCCCGGCCGAACGCGUUACGUCGCUUUAUGUCCUGAAACUGCAGCUGUUCUGAUUUGAUCUCAUCUGAUCCAUAAAAUCUAAAAUAUUGGGCUGAUCAUUGUAAUAUUUCCAGAUGUUGAAGCUGCCAUGAGUAAAGAUGUCCUCAUACAUUUUGGUGAUGAUUGUUGACAGUUUUGGGACAUGAGGCCACGUUUCUUGGAUUCAUGCAUGAGGCUUGCAAGGAUCUAGCACUCGUCUGCCGUGUUUGUAUAAUUUUAAUGAGGAAAGCCUUAAUUUUUUUUUCUUCAGCACAUUAGUGAUGGAACAUAAUUUUGGGGUACUCUGUUCAUGUGAUGGAAUGAUAUAUGACAGCAAUUAAAGAUACAAUACCAACUUGAACAAAGCGGUGUUUGGCAACUCAAGUAAGCUGUAUUUUGUUUUUUUGUUUUAUUUUUCUGAAAAGUUGUCAUUUUGAAGGUGGGGGGAUUCUACCUGACAGCUCUGAUAUAUAUAAAAUGACUACUGGCACUUUUAUAGUAUAGUACAUGCCUUUUCCCACACCAGCUGCGCCAGUGCUUUAAAAUUUUUCAUUUUGGCGAUGAAAAAAGGGGCGUUCGAAAGUGAAUGAGUUCUUUAACAAUCGCUCUAAAAUGCAUUAUUAUUUGAAAUGACUGCCAGUUUAAUUUUCUUGAGCAAAACAAUACAUAAAAUGAACUUCUUUGUGAAAUAUGGACCGUUAAGACGCAUACUUCUUGCAAGCAAUGCAUGUAUUUUGUCCAAUGUUUUUGUGAUGUCAAUAUGAAAUCAUGUGAAAGAUCAAUUGAAAUAGACUGUAAAGAAACUUUGACUUUUGGUGGCUAACUGUAACGUGUAUCUGUGAUCCUUAAUA